GCGCGCGCCAGCGUACGUCUGCGCCCCCCCGGGGGCAGGGCCCAGGCGCGCUCCCGGCAACCGCGGCUCUCGCAGCGUUUGUAGCCGCCACGUCACGGCCUCCUCCGCCUCUCAUUGGGCGAGCCCGUCCAAUCAUGUGAUGCCGGUGUGGCGUAUAAAUAAGGGCGAGAAGAAGGCGGUGGUCCGCCAUUUCGUGGACGCCGGUUGGGGAAGAGCUUCGGUCGGAGUUGGGCCCGAGGGACGUAGGACGACCCAUCGAGCGUGUGGGUUUGAGUCGCCGCGUUUUUUUACCCUAGAUCUUCGCGAUGCAUCGUGAUUCCUGUCCAUUGGAUUGCAAGGUUUAUGUAGGUAAUCUUGGAAACAAUGGCAACAAGACUGAAUUGGAACGAGCUUUUGGCUAUUACGGACCACUCCGAAGUGUGUGGGUUGCUAGAAACCCUCCCGGCUUUGCUUUUGUUGAAUUUGAAGAUCCCCGAGAUGCAGCUGAUGCUGUCCGAGAGCUAGAUGGAAGAACGCUAUGUGGCUGCCGUGUAAGAGUGGAGCUGUCGAAUGGUGAGAAAAGAAGUAGAAAUCGUGGCCCACCUCCCUCUUGGGGUCGUCGUCCUCGGGAUGACUAUCGUAGGAGGAGCCCUCCACCUCGCCGCAGAUCUCCAAGAAGGAGAAGCUUUUCUCGCAGCCGGAGCAGGUCCCUUUCUAGAGAUAGGAGAAGAGAGAGAUCACUGUCCCGGGAGAGAAAUCAUAAGCCGUCCCGAUCCUUCUCUAGGUCUCGUAGCCGAUCUAGGUCAAAUGAAAGGAAAUAGAAGACCAGUUUGCAAGAGAAGUGGUGUACAGGAAAUAACUUCAUUUGACAGGAGUAUGUACAGAAAAUUCAAGUUUUGUUUGAGACUUCAUAAGUUUGGUGCAUUUUUAAGAUGUUUUAGCUGUUCAGAUUUGUUUGUCUCUUGGAACAGUGACACGCAAACUCUAUGGUUUGAAAUGGAUCAUAUGAGGCAUGUAAUACCAAGAAUUGUUACUUUACAAUGUUCCCUUAAGCAAAAAUGGAUUUGCAUGGAACUUCAGUUAUGCAGACUGGUGAUAAACCUCUAAAUUCUGCCCAGCUGAAGUGUGAUUUUUUUUUUUUUUUUUUUUAAUUUAGAAACAAAAUUGGCAGAAAUUUAACUAAAAUUUAUUUCCAUAGCUGGGAUAUAGUAUGCAGCUGAACAAGCAGUCUUUAAAAACUGCUGUGAAACAGGCCAGCAGGAAAACAUAAAAGCUGCAUCAUUAAACAAUGAGGUUUUUGAAAAAUCCAGCUAGUUUUUAUCCUGGACAGAGGUUGCUGAAUUGAUAUAGAAUCUGAUAAAUUUGAAGAAAGUUUACCUUUGCGUUAAGUUGUAAGUUCCUGUGUGAUUGCUGUAUAUAAAUACAUGGCUGUCUGUAAUAUUCUUCAUUUGGAAAUUUGAUAUUUCAAAAUACCAAUGUCCUGCUAGUUUAAGGGUACAUUGUAGAGCUGAACUUUGAGUUACUGUGCAAGAUUUUUUUUUUUUCCUUCAAUGCUGUCAUUUGUAAUAUGUUUUGUGAGAAUCCUUGGGAUUAAAGUUUUGGUUACAAAUUGUUGUUUAACUUGAAAGCCUGUUUUUCCUUGCAAACUCAAAUCUGUGAGCUUGGUACCAAGUCCAGGUAUAAACAUUCCUAUUGGAAGCCAUACUUAUAUUUUCUUGUAAAGUGCUUUUGAAUUAAUAAAAUAGUUAGCAUAAUUGUGUAAUAGUCAGCUGAACCCACUGUUACCAUUGUUCUUAUCCCAUGGGAAGCAGUUGGUUACACAAUUCUUAUUUUAUAAGAAACAGAACCGAGAGGCACUAUGGUUAGUCUUCUGAAGUGAAAUAGUUGUCACCUAAAUGAUUGUUAAUAGUUACCCACCCAUUUUUUUUAGCAGUACAAGCCAGUUCAGAGUCCAUGAUACUUAGAGAUCAACAUUUUAAGUAUAACAGCAACCUGGUACAUUGUAACCCAAAGUAAGUUGCCCAUUAAAAAAAUGGCUUUUAUCUUUAGCAUGAAAACUUUCCACAGUUUUAAAAAUUGCUUCCAUUUAUAAUUGAGGUGUUGCAUGGGAAUUCUAAAUUGAUCCAUCAUGUAAAGUUCACAAUAUGGUUCAAAUGUAACAGUGCAGAAUUGAAUAUGGAGGCAUGCAUAAUCUUCCUCUUAGAAAAUGGGAGGAAUUGUAAUUUCAAAUUUUUGUGCAAGUAGAUUAAAUCAUAAUGCAACAGUCUUGUGGCUUAGUUUCCUUUAAAUAGUUCUUUCAAGAUAGUUUUGGGUAUCCUGUACUUUGUCUUUAAUAGGAAAGAUAAGUCAUUGCAUUAAGAGUUCAAUCUGUAAGGAUAGUUUAAGGUCCUAAACCAGUUAUUGCCAGUGGUCCUAGUAACUUUUCACACAAAAGUCAACAAGGGAGGGGACAAUUGGUGUCAGGAAGCUUCAGUAUGAGCCUUACAGUUGGACUUGUUCCCAGAGGGCACCCUUGAGACUGCCUGUUGAUUUACUAGGAGCCCUGGCUUUGGGCCUGAUUUUUGCCAUUUUCCCAUAGCCUUAAGCCUGGUCUUGUUAGGAACAAGUCAAGAUCUAAGAAGUUAAGGAAGCAGUCUAGUAUGUCAGUUACACUGCUCUUUAAAUGGACACUUAUUUAUAUGGACUUCUUGGGCAGUAUACAACUUGCUUACAGAGUCUAAAAUUGGAAGAAUUUCUGUAAAAACGGACAAUUGAUGUUGGGUUUAAUGUGGCUAAUAGAGAAUUAAUACAGAAUUCUGAUACAAAGCUGACCUCAUCAGGGAGCUAUCCUGACUUAGUGAUUUGCAGUCCAAUCUUGCAGUUAGAUUAACUGGAACCCCAGCUCGAUUUUUAUGGCUGUAGAAAAUUUGAAGCAUUGUAAUUGUUAAAACCUUGAAUUACACAUUUUGAUUGUGGCUAUUGGGAUGUUGUAAAGCUCCUGGAGUAUCUAAAAUUGCAGGUCACAGUAGCUAGUCUUGUUCCUCUUCUAAGUUUGAGUGUAAUUCUAAAAAGAGUCACAAAACAAAUUUGACGUGGUGUUAAUGACUAAGGUGUUCACUGGGAGGUCACUGUUAACACCUGGUGAUAAUUUAAGGAAACGUAUCUAAGGAUUAUAGAUGGAUUUUAUGCUUUCAAGAAUAUUUAGCUUGCUCUGUAGUUCUCAAUUGUGGGUUGAUUCUGACCUCCAUGUCUUAAACAGAAAGUUGAAAAACAUCAUUGAGCAAGAGAAACUUAGUUUCACUAGACAUAGAUACCCUGUAUCUGUGGUUUAUAUGUUUGAGUAUCUUAGACAUUUUUAUAAAGAUCAUAUGUGUAGAUGGUAUCUCCUCUGUAUUAGACUGAAGUCCGUGGGGGGGGGUCACAUUCAAACCCAUAUCUGGAUAUUCAUUUUAUUACAGUACUUACUCAUUAGGAAUGAUGUUUCAAAAUAGUGUAACUACAGGUUCAUUGACUUAGUUUUUCAGGGUGAUCUAUCUAACUCCAUGUAAUUUGGAAGAGUUCUAGGUGGUAAACAGCCCUAGUUACAUAAAUGUAUAAGUACCACUGGUGUAGUACUUUGUCUAAACAUGCAUUUUUCAGAAUCCUGAAUUGGAUUUAGUUGUUGGUAAUCUCUUCCAGUUGUAUAUUUUUGUACUGCCAGACUGUUGCCUUCUGGUUUUCCAUCUUUUUGAGAACAUGAAAGAUUUAUAAUUAAAGUCGUUGAAGAAAAA